CUGAUCUUCAGCGCGCAGCUGCAUUUCCCUACGCCGUCAGAACAGGCCGUUGGCGGUGGAGACGCCAGCAGCCCCUUGAACUACUCACGGCGUUCGAAUGGUAUAUAAGGCAUGAGGAAUCAUCCUUGGUGACCCCGUCGCUCUGGUGAAACUUCAUCAAGUCGCUUCAGUUUCUCCCCGCGCUCUUCUUAGCAACGAUGUCGAUGCGCACGGUUCUCGCGUUCCUCUCGGCCCUCCCGCUCCUCUCCCAGGCCAGUCCGGCUCUUCGCCGUGCCGACUCGGUCUUGAUUCACCCUGACGGGGAUACUUCUAAAUGCUUGGGCGUCAGCGGCCCCAACAAUGACGCUCCGACAGAGAUCUUGGACUGUCACAACUUGCGACUAGGGCAGUACGUCCGGUGGGAAAUCGCUGAAGGCGACAACCUCUCCGUCCAGCUCGCCGGCACGAACCUCUGCUUGGACGCUGGAACCAACCCUCACAAUAACGGUCCCGCCAAGGUUUAUCAAUGCUACCCCGGGCUGAUUCAGCAGCACUGGUACUACACUGCCGAUGAGCGCAUUGCCAUCACCGGAGGCAAUCAGUGCCUCGACCAGACCAACGGCAACGGCGCCCCGCAGACUUAUAAAUGCACGACCGGCAACACCAACCAGAUUUGGAGCGUAUCUGAUGCCGGUCCGGGCCCGACCACCACCCUCUCGUCGACCACCUCCAGCACGCCCACGACCACGACGACGUCCCCGACAUCGACGUCGACGUUCACUGCCCCGAGCAACGGAACGCAGCUCUACUUCAACGGCAACACGCAGCAGUGUCUCUCCGUCACCAAUGGCUAUGCCGCUAAAGGAACUACAGUAGCUCUCGUCUCUUGCUUCGGCGCCACCGACCCGGCCAUCGGCUUCCAGCUCUGGACGCUCACCCGCAACGCGCAGACCCAGAUCGUACUCACCCUUCCCCAACACGGGAAAACUUACUGCCUCACCUACAGCAAGCAGCAGAACGGUGGCACGGCGUACAUCUCGCCUUGCGAUUCGAACAACCCACAUCAGACAUUCUGGUACACGGAGGACAACCACGUAUCGCUCUAUAACGGCAACCAAUGCCUCGACGUUGUCUCGGGUUCCGGGCCUAGGUCGCAGAAGCCGUACGGUACCUUGCAGGAUGUGCAGACGUGGGCUUGCUCCGGCACGGACAAGCAACAGAUCUGGACGAGCUCGAUCGGUCUCUGAUUUAACCUUCUACGCUUUGGAUGUUUGCAUUCGUGCCAUGGACUGUUCGCCUCGUUCUGACUCCGGACAUGAAUCGGACAUUCGAUGUUUCAGCUACAACAAUGUUUACCGCGCCUUGUAAUGUUUUGCCAAAACCUUGCCAUCCUGUACUGUAUCCUUUCGUUCGCAACACAAAUAACCAUCGUUUUUGCCGCAGCGUUCGAUAUGUUUCUAACUUACUGAUUUCUAUU